AAAAUCCAUGUGUUAGUUAGCGAGGUAAUCCAAAUAUGAAAUCAAAUCUUGUUGGGAUUGGCAUAACAACAGAACAUUAUUUAAAAGCAUUUUUGGGAAUUUAUGAAAUAAGUAAAUUAAUAUAUGAUAGAAAUGAAAUUAAUUUAGUGGAAGGAUAGCUGGAGAGCAUGCAGGGGGGUUUAGCUGUUCACAGGAAUCUUUAUAAAUGCUUGUAAGCUUGCCUAUCUCUUAUUUAUUACUCUAUAUAAUAUUACCCUUCUUUCUCUUUUUUCCUAAACUUUUGGAAAUUAGAUUAAUGAAAGUUGGAAGGUUACAGUUUUCAAUUUUAUUUGUAGAAUGUCCUUUUGGUAAGAAGGAAGUGUUUUAUAUUAAAUAUUAAUCACUAUCUAAAGUAGUACAUCAAAUUUGAUAAAUUCAAGUAUAGCGCAAGGUCAGAGUUGAAUUGAAGACGAGAACAAACAAGUUGUUUUGAGAAGGAAAAAAACAAAAACAAAUAAAUAUAUUUUUGUAAGGAGCAUUUAGUUUGGGGGAGCAAGAAGAUGGAAUUAGAAGACAAGGUGAAGGAAUCGAAAAGGCAGUUGAAAGGUCAGGAAGGUGCCUUGAAUGUGAAGACCCAAAACACAAAACACAAGACACAAAGCACAAAACAAACACAAAGCACAAAACAAACACAAAGCACAAAACAAACACAAAGCACGAACGCUCACCCACCAACUUCACAAAUUCCUCUUCCUAUAAAUCCCCCUUCUAUUUCUCUCCCCCACUUCGUCCAAACUCUCUCUCUCUCUCUCUCUCCCUCUCUCUCUCUCCCAGCCAUGACUGCCCAAGUUCUCCCUGAGCAAGCGCUUCAGAGCAAUAUUCACCUCUUGGGAAGAGACAACUCCCCUUCACUCCAUAAAAGAUUGGAGGGCAAAGUGGCCAUUGUAACCGGCGGCGCAAAGGGAAUCGGAGAAGCCACAGUCAGGCUCUUCGCCAAACACGGAGCCAAAGUAGUAAUCGCCGAUGUGGAGGAUCUCCUCGGCCAGGCUUUGGCCGACACGCUUUCUCCAUCCCCAGUGUCCUUCGUCCACUGUGACGUCAGCUCCGAAGAAGACGUCGAGAAUCUCAUCAGCUCCACGGUGUGUCGUCACGGCCAAGUCGACAUAAUAUUCAACAACGCCGGAGUUUUGGGGAACCAAUCAAAGACCCACAAGAGCAUCGUUGACUUUGACCCCAACGAGUUCGAGCGCGUUAUGCGUGUGAACGUCAAAGGCGUUGCCUUGGGGAUUAAGCACGCGGCGCGCGUGAUGAUUCCGAGAGCCACCGGAUGCAUAAUCUCGACUGCCAGCGUGGCAGGCGUAUUGGGCGGCCUCGGCCCACACGCUUACACUGCGUCUAAGCACGCCAUUGUCGGACUCACCAAGAACACCGCCUGCGAGCUCGGGCGCUACGGCAUACGUGUCAACUGCAUUUCGCCGUUCGGGGUUGCCACGUCGAUGCUGGUGAACGCGUGGAGGGCUGAUGGGGACGAAGAAGACGAAUGCAUGAACUUGGGAAUUCCGUCGGUCGGUGAGGUGGACAAAAUGGAGGAGUUCGUUAGGGGUUUGUCCAAUCUGAAGGGCCCCACAUUGAGGCCAAAGGAUAUAGCGGAGGCCGCGCUUUAUCUCGCAAGUGAUGAAUCUAAGUACAUCAGUGGCCAUAAUCUCGUCGUUGACGGUGGAAUUACCACUUCAAGAAAUUGUAUUGGCUUGUAAUCUUUUCUUCUUCUUUUUUCUUUUUCUUUCAUUAUUAUUAUUAUUAUUAUUUUUGCGGGUAUUGGUGGAAAGAAAAAGAUGGACACCGAUAUGCCUGUUGGUUGGACUAUUAUGUAGUAGGACUAGGAUUAAUUUUAAUUUUAAUUUUAAUUUUUUCAA